AUGAAGAAGGUUGAAGAGGCAGAUCGUUUGGUUACCGAACUUAAUAAAGUAUUAGAUGGAGCGGCAAUUGUUGCAAGACCUACAAUUAACAAAGAUCUCCAUCUAUUUGGAUUAGAUGAUUCCAUCUCCCAGGAUGAAAUUAAUUGGAAAAUAGCCGAAUACGGCGGAUGCAAGAGAGAAGAAGUUAAAGUGGGUGACAUAAAGCCCAUGAGAAAUGGUCUCGGAAUGGUAUGGCUCAAAUGUCCUCUUGGAGUGGCAGUGACUGUAGCUAAAAUGGAAAAAAUUAAGAUCGGUUGGUCAAUAAUCAAGGUCGAACUGAUCCAUGCAAGAGAGAAGCAAUGCUUCAAAUGUUGGAGAUUCGGGCAUUUGAAAUAUAAUUGCACUUCAAACAUUGAUAGGACCAAGUGUUGUUACAGAUGUGGAUCUGAGGGACAUUUAGUGUCUGCGUGUUCCAAGGAUACACAUUGUAUAAUCUGUAAAGAAAACAGAAAAGACGCAAAUCACAGGAUGGGCAGCAUGUAUUAA